CCACCAAAACUACCUAACCCCCUGCAACAGAACUCACUUACUCACUCACUCAUUCUCACUGAAUGGAAGAUCAUCGAAGUUCAACACCCAACGCUAUUGGUCUCUGCCUCCUCCCGCAAGAGCUCAUUCAAAACAUAUUUCUAUCUCUCGUCUUGCCUGAAAUCCUUCCCUUGAAACUGCUCAACAAAUCUUUCUCCCGAAUCAUCUCCGACCACACCUUCGUUCGCCGCUGCAACUCCGUCUCCGCCGCCACCACCUGGCUCUUCGUCUACAAGAAGCGCUGGCUCCGCGACGCCGUCCUACACGCCUUCACCCACCGUAGCUCCCACCGCUGGUUCCGGAUCCGCAUCGCAGACCUCCACUUCCACGCCGACAACGACCUCUACUUCCUCGCCGCCUCCGCCAACUUCUUCCUCUUCGCUUCCAACACCGUCCGCGAGGUCAUCGCCGUUAACCUCGUCACCCUUGCCGUCAAGAGGAUCCCGCCUUCCCCGUUGGGUCCACGUGGCACCUCAUCGUGGAGGAGGUCCGGCAUGAAGCUCGUCUCCCACCCGGACGGCUCCGAUCAUUUCCUCUUCUUGUUCGCCGAGUGCGUGGACAACCGGCCCGUUUUGUUUGUCUACAAUUCCGAGAGCGACACGUGGAAGUCAACGGAGGGGAAGGAAAACACUGGAUCCAUUGGGAUUGUGCCACGUGGAGGUGGAAAUAUUUUCCUGAGCGUGGCUCAUGGGCCCCGGGAGAGCGUUCUGGUUGCGUGUACAGCACAGUGCGAGGCGCCAACAGUUGUACGGCCGAGAUUUGAUCCGAGAGGGAGCGAUGGAGGGUUGAGCGUUGGAUAUAGCUGGGGAAACGUGAUAGAUAGGCUACACGUGUACGGAGAUGGGUACAUGAUGAUAGUGAAAUCGGAGGGUGGAGAGCGUGGAAAGGGGAGGGUGUUAAAGGGCGUGGAGUUGUGGGGGUUGAGUUUGGAUGGGAGGAAGUGGGAGUUUGUUUCGGUGGUUCCGAGUGAGUUGAUGAAGGUUGUUGAGAAGCCUUAUGGGGUUAUGAUGGGUUGCUUGGAGGAGAAGAAUGGGAUCCUUCGGGCUGCUUUGGUCUCUAAUUCUGAGGGGUUUUGGAAUAUGAUUUGGCUCUCCUAUGAUGCCACGUGUAACAACUGGACCUGGAUUCCCCUUCCUGAUUGCAAAAUGAAGGGAUGGAAUAUGGCUGGAAUAAGCUUCUCCUCUGGUCUUAUUCUGCCUUGAUGAAGAGUACCAAACAUGUAUAUAGUAUAGUAUGCCAUCUAUCUUGUAAAUCAAAUUAUACCAGAGGAUGAGCUGAGCCAUGCAUUUCUUAAAAUUAUUUAAUGGAUCAUCCAUGUUAUUCACUUUUA